UCACUCUCUCUCUCUCUCUCUCUACUUCCAGAUGUUAAUCGGCCUCUCUGGCUAUUUGACCGGCUACAAUGGCACCUUCCCGUUCGAGAAGCCCGGCGACAAGUACAACGGGACGCGUUAUCAGGGCAUGCGCUAUUUCUGCACCACACUGGGCGCACUCAUCAUGCCGAUGGGCUUCGACACCGUCUACGAUCUGACGCGCUCGCACGAGGCGGCGCUGCUGUCGGCAGCGUACCUGAUCUUCGAUGUGGGCCUGCUGACCCUCAAUCAGUAUAUCCUGCUGGAUCCGAUCCUGCUGUUCUUCAUGAUGGGCUCGGUGUGGGGCAUGGUCAAGAUAUCGAAGUGCACCGCCGCCGGUGGCUCGUACACGCGCCGCUGGUGGCUCUGGCUGCUGUUCACCGGCACGAUGCUCUCCUGCACGAUAAGCGUGAAGUUCGUGGGCCUGUUCGUGGUGCUGCUGGUGGGCCUGCACACGGCCAGCGAGCUCUGGCUGAUACUGGGCGACCUGGAGCAGCCCAUUGUGGAGACGGUGAAGCAGUUGGCGUGCCGCGCCAUUGCGCUCAUCCUCUGGCCGGUGCUGCUCUACACGAUCUUCUUCUACAUCCAUCUGAGCGUGCUCAAUCGCAGCGGCAACGGCGACGGCUUCUACAGCUCGGCCUUUCAGUCGCGGCUCAUCGGCAACUCGCUGUACAAUGCGAGCAUGCCGCGCGACGUGGCCUACGGCGCGCUGGUGACCAUCAAGAACCACAAGACGGGCGGCGGCUACCUGCACUCCCACUCGCAUCUCUAUCCCAAGGGCAGCGGCGCACGCCAGCAGCAGAUCACCACGUACACGCACAAGGACGACAACAACAUCUGGCUGAUCAAGCCCUAUAACCAGCAGGCCGUGCCCAAGGGCCAGCUGCGGCUGCUGCGCCACGGCGACCUCCUGCGCCUGGAGCACCUGGUGACCAAGCGCAAUCUCCACUCGCACAGCGAGCCGGCGCCCAUGACCAAGAAGCACCUGCAAGUGACCGGCUAUGGCGAGCUUGGAGUGGGCGAUGCCAACGAUGUGUGGCGCGUGCUGAUUGUGGGCGGCAAGGCGAAUGACACCGUACACACGGUGACCUCACGGCUCAUGUUCGUUCACUAUCUGCAGAGCUGUGUGCUCACCUCCAGCGGCAAGCAGCUGCCCAAGUGGGGCUUCGAGCAGCAGGAGGUCUCCUGCAAUCUCAACAUACGCGACAAGAAUGCCCAGUGGAAUGUGGAGGAUAAUCAGCAUAAGCUGUUGCCCAGCGUGAGCUUCAGCAUCUAUGCGCCGGGCUUCUUUGCGCGCUUCCUUGAAUCGCAUGCGGUCAUGCUGCAGGGCAACGCCGGCCUCAAGCCCAAGGAGGGCGAGGUCACCAGUCGACCUUGGCAAUGGCCCAUCAACUAUCGGGGUCAAUUCUUCUCGGGCAGCAGCUAUCGCAUAUACCUGCUGGGCAAUCCGUUCAUCUGGUGGAGCAACCUCGUCUUUCUGCUGCUCUUCAUCAGCAUCUUUCUGUGCAAUGCCAUUCUGCAGCAGCGCCGCGCCGGCUUGGCCGCCCGCCAGGCCGCUGCAGUCGAGCAGAGCGCCACGCAGGAGCUGUGCGGCUGCUGUCCGGCGGAGAGUCUGCCGCGGCCAGCUGCCGUCGCCGUGCUCUCCGAGCAGAGCCCGCAGCGCAUGUCACUGCAGGCAGCGGCCUGGCUGUUCAUUGGCUGGCUAUUGCACUACCUGCCCUUCUGGGCCAUGGGCCGAGUGCUCUACUUCCAUCACUACUUUCCCGCACUGAUAUUCAAUUCGCUGCUCACCGGCAUUAUGUUCAACUAUAUAAUACGAUCGCUGCCCCGUUGGCUGCAGCAUGCGCUGCUCGGCUCGCUCCUCUCGGCACUCGUCUACAGCUUCGUGCUCUUCUCCCCGCUGGCGUACGGCAUGAGCGGACCCCUGGCCAACGAGCCCAACUCAACGAUGCACAAGCUCAAAUGGCUCUCCACCUGGGAGUUUUAGCUAAUAAGCAUUUCCAUAUACUCUAUUUAUUAUCCAUAU